GUAACCAAAUCCAGCUGCGUGUGUGAGUCUGAGUUUAAGUUUGCGUGUGUGUGUGUGUGUGUGCGUGUGUGUGUGUGUGCGUAUGAGGAAGAGGCAGAGAAAGAGAGAAAGACAGAGAGAAGCUGAGAGGGUCUGCUUCCUUUAGUCUAAGCAAAAGAAAGAAAGAAAGAAAGGAAGGGGGGAAAACAAAAAAAAAGAAAGAACCGUCUGCUUUCACCCCCCGCCGACGCGGUAGUAGCUUUUUUUCAGGAAUGAACGCCGAGACGUGCGUUUCAUACUGCGACAUGACAUCCAUGGAUUCGUAUUAUAGCGCGUCCGCGGCGCAGGCUCGGGAUCAGCAAGCCAACAACCCGUUCAGGACAUUCCCAACCAGCAGCGACACCAAAUACAGCCCGACGUUCCUCAGCAGCAGCACCAACAGCACCAGCAGCAGCAGUAAAGCUCCGGCGUACGGAGAGAAGUCUCGGAGCCCGUUCCAGCAGGAAUGCCAACCACUGGAUGGCACCGCUGGAGAAGGCACCUUUAACAAAUACCACCUCUUCAUGCACAGAUCCUCUUGCAAGACUCCACCAGAAAGCAGCAAACUGCACCAGGACAGCAACGGAGGACUCAUCUCCUGCUACGGUAAAGACACCACAGGGCUGACCGACUCGGACCUGCCGGCGAACACCGACCCCACAGGGAUGGAUGGUAGCUACCUCAGCGUGAAGGAUCCAGGAGCCAAGGUUCCUCAGGACAGACCCAGCUCUGAGCUCGCCUCCCCCCUGGACAAAGGUGAGGGAGAGAGCAACAAGGGCAAGAAGAGACGUAACCGCACCACCUUCACGAGCUAUCAGCUGGAAGAGCUGGAGAAAGUCUUCCAGAAGACGCACUACCCGGAUGUGUACGCCCGAGAGCAGCUGGCACUCAGGACGGACCUCACAGAGGCUCGAGUCCAGGUAUGGUUCCAGAACCGGAGAGCCAAGUGGAGGAAGAGGGAACGUUUUGGACAGAUGCAGCAGGUCCGAACGCACUUCUCCACCGCCUACGAGCUUCCACUCCUCACUCGGCCGGAGAACUACGCCCAGAUCCAGAACCCCUCAUGGAUCGGAGGCAGCAGCGCAGCGUCUCCGGUGCCAGGCUGCGUUGUUCCGUGCGACUCGGUGACUUCCUGCAUGACCCCUCACCCCCACGCUGCGAGCGGAGUGUCCGACUUCCUGGGCGUGCCCAGUCCCGGAGGUCACAUGGGACAAAGCCACAUGGGCAGUCUGUUCGGGAGUCCAGGCAUGAGCGGUGGCAUCAACGGAUACGACCUGAACAUGGACCCUGACCGGAAGUCGUCCAGCAUUGCUGCUCUGCGCAUGAAAGCCAAGGAACACAGUGCAGCCAUCUCCUGGGCCACAUGA